AUGUCUAACUACGAGCUUGUGUCUCAAUACACCGAGGAUGCCUUUGCAAAAGAGGACCGGUUGUGCCAGCGUCCUGCAUGUGGCACCAAUAUUGCCAAGGGUGACCCUUGCUUCUAUGUGGCCACCAUAGAGCACGGCAAACCAGGGCGCUAUGUCUGUGGUCCUUGCCAUGAACACUAUCAGAAGAAGGCAGCAACAUCUGUGCGACCUGCUGUUCGCCCUACUCCAGGCUCUGCCAGUGGUGGUAGUUCUGGCUUCGCUGGUCGAGGCCCUCCAGAUCCACAUGUCAUUCGGCAGUCAGUGAACGCAGGCCAAAGAAAACCUGGACUGAUUUUCCAAGUGUCGGUCAAUCCACUGCCAGUGAUUCCUUUGUCCCAUGGACGGUCCAAGUUUUCUGCAGGGCCUGAUAUUAGUGUUCCGUCUUUGUGGCAGCCAUCAUCGCAGCAAACUCUGCAUAGUUCCACCGGAUAUACGCCACACCAUGCCCACUAUGGCUCGGAGCGUGAUCGUUGGGCAAAACUAUCCUAUGCUCCUCCUCCAUCUCAAAUGAUCUUGCUCAAAAUUUCAGCUGUUCAUGAGGGAGGUAGCCGGAAGAAGGGUGGGCGUGGUACACCUUUUGGGAGUAUUUGUGAAGGAAAAAAAGAUAUAGACGCUCAAAUUGACGCCCCAGGACUCAUCAAAAUCACCCUUGAUACCUGGCGGGAUGAAGAAUUCGUCGUCCGAGACUCACAAUGGGUGGAUCUAUCGGGUCAUCAUGCACACGAGCCAUAUUUUUACUCACAAUGCGUUCAAGCUGGACGUAAAGGCUUAAAAUCGCCGAUAUUCAAGACAAAACAGUUUGCACUCAUGGUCGUCGUACCUGAGAGCCAGUGGCGCAAAUACGAAGAAUGGACGGAGCGAGUCGAAGAAUGGACUCAGCAAGCUGAAGAGGACGAGGCUACUCGCCAAGCUCCAAUGGCUACUACCGCUAUCUCCAAAGCCUCUGUUGAUGUCUUCCAGGGUGAAGACAACCUUGCCACUGGGGUACCGCUUCCCUCAAAGAGGACCCAUGUCCGUACAGCCAGCAGCCUGAGUUCCACAUCACCGCCACUAAAGAAAGCGGCUUCCACGAAUAUCUUUCGGUCACCCGAUCGUAAUGAGUUGAAAGAAGCCCUCCGAUCUGGCGGAACAGCAAAUGUAGAUGCACAGAGUGUGUAUGACCUGCAGAAUGAAAAUGUUCAGCUGUACUGGAUCACUACUCGCCCGAUGUCUCAAAUCCUGGAAAACAACAAAUAUCAGUCGUUCACAUUGCAUACUGCAGAAUCGGUGACUGGGCAACUGACAGUCGACACGUCCUCUGCCAAUCUCAUCGGCCAAGGUGGAUUCAAGAGUGCCCAUCCUGGGUGGUUAACACUCGCAUCACACAUUCCUACAACCAGACUAGGUUCAAUCCCGCAUCAGAAAGUCGUAGUAGUCAAGAGACCUUUCAUUAAGAUAUUUCCUCCAAGUGGACCAUCGGCAGGCACGUACAAAGUUGGAUGCUACGCUGUGGCCAAUGAAUUGUCCAAGCAGUUCAAGGAAGCCAAUGUCCUGUACUGGGCAAAUUCAUUGUUAGAUCUUACCUACGCCUUCGUUAACCGUUGUGUCGCGGCCUCGUCAGCCCCCCCUCCUUUUGAGAUUCCACGUCUUUGUUUCGUUCAUGCUGGACUCGCACUGUCCUUCCUACCUGGCCAGAUGAUCGUUACUAAACUGGGUGCUAAACCAUGCUCCAUCCGCACUGCAUUUCUGUUAGAGGAGCUCAUUCCAGGUGGGCCAGACGCCUUUGUGAAAUUCAUUCACAACACGGACUGCAAUCCGCUCCUUGAUCCUGACGAGGAUGGGUACAGUACAGCGCUUUUCCUAGCAUUUACUCAACACGUUCAGUAUGAGAAGACGGGGGAUUGGCAUACAUCUCCGACUAUCAGGCACAGAGUUGCUGACAGACCCGCAAAUAUUGACGCACCCGCAACGAUCUUUUCGGUGAUGGAAAUAUCGAAGAUGUGGUGA